AUGGCACCUCAUCACGAGCCCUUCAAAGGCCUUGCGCCUAUCAAGUGGGAAUCUGUCGCCGAGGAGGAUCCAAAAGAGUUCAUGACCGACGUAUUUGCCAACGCUCAAACAGUCAUUGAUUCUAUCCCCGUCCCCGCCGCGGUCAAGCAGGCCACUGCUUCCCACGGCCGGUCCCGCUCCCACACCGAUCCCCCGAUACCUGUCGCCGACAUCAACCGUUCGCUCUCCCAACGACAAACCGGUGCUGCGCUCAAGUUGUCGCAGGAUCUUUCCAAAGAGUGGAAAGAGGUCAAGGUCAAUGCCAAGGACAACCCGCUAGCAAUCAACGUAUAUAAACUCGCCGCCAAGGACGGCAAGGGUAGCUGGUUCGCCCGGCGCAGCGUUCACGAUGGUUUGACUUUUGAGAAGUGGAAGCUGGGCCUCGAGAGAGAGUUUGCCGAGUCCAUGAAGGUGCAGAGCGGGCCUGGCGCCGGCGCCAUCCGCGGCAUUGGAGCAGAGAAGCGGGCGGCACAUGAGGUUGUGGAAGGCUCUGGAAAAAUGGAAGUAUUCCAGUUAUCGGCGCAAUUCCCAGGCCCGACGGCUCCGAGAGACUUUGUGACUUUACUGCUGAGUUCCGACUUUUCCGGCGGCGCCCCGCAAGAAGGUGCGAAGCGGCCGCUCCGGACCUACAUGAUUGUGUCGAAACCAUGCAUUCAUCCCGAGUGCCCCGAGCGUCCAGGCUAUAUUCGAGGUCAAUACGAGUCGGUCGAAAUCAUUCGCGAGAUCCCGUCCGAUAAGCCGGCUGCGAUCACGCGAGCACGAUCCUCCAUUGAUCUCAGCCAGGAAGGCGCCAAAGAAAGACAGGCUGUGGCUGAGUCUAUGGGCAAGGAGGCUGUUCUACGGGCAGCGAAGAAGGCGGCAGAUCCAGACUGCCGUCAUCGAGGUGCAUCUGUCGACAGUGCACCUGCCAGAGACGACGCUGGGCACACCGGCGAAGGCAUCGAGGAGGAGGCGACGACGUCCGUUGAGUGGCUCAUGGUGACUCGUAGUGAUCCCGGCGGCAAUGUGCCCCGAUUCUUGAUUGAUCGGGGUACACCAGCAGGCAUCAUUGGAGACGCCGGCAAGUUUCUCAAGUGGAUGACUGCGAAAUCCGCCGAUGACUUCUCAACUUCAGAUCAAGAACAGGAAGAGACGAAAGAAGGCGCUAAGCAGGCCGAGAGCGAAAAGGUCGCUUCUCCCAUGGAGGUGGCCAAGCAACCAACAUCGAACUUGCUACCUGAAGAGUCGGCACAGGUGCAGGAUAAUUCCGUCCCGAGUAGUAACGGCCUAUACGGUAUCAUAUCCGGUGCCUUCGGAAUGGCCAGCUCCGUCGUGGCUAGUCGCCUACCGGAGGGCUACGCUUUACCCGGAAUAUUCACAGCACCAAGCACCAACGGGUCGAUAGCGGAGGAAGAAGAGGAUGAGUCGAUUGAAAGCGACACAUCGUCCAUCCGAAGCUUCGCUUCAGCGGUUGAAAAGACGGACGAGGGCGAGCCCGUCACACCACCAGAGGUUACGCAGCCCGACAGCAUGUCGCUUCACUCGUCCGGAUCCGGCGGCGGCGCGUCUCUCCAAGGGUCCAAGACAUCAUCGCAUCACGAGAGAGAGCUCAAGAAACUCCAGGAGCGGCGCCAAAAGAUGCAAGAUAAGAUCAACAAGAUGCAUGAGCGCAUGUCUAGCAAGCGUGACCAAGACUCCCAAAAGGAGGCUGCCAAUCUGGCGAAGCUCCGCGAGAAGCACGAAAAGGAGAUGGCCAAGCAGGAGGACAAGUACAAGCGCGACAUGCAGCGCCUCGAGCAGCGCCGCGAGCAGGAGCAGCGCAAGGCGGAGGAGAAGCGACGGAAGCAGGCGGAAAAGGAGGAGAAGGGAAACUUGGCCUUGGAGCUCGAGCGUGUCAAGGCGGAGCGGGAUGUGGCGCUCAAGGAGAUUGACGUUCUCAAGGAGCAGGUGGGUCAGCUGCAGAGCCAGAAUACCAUGCUGGUUGUUAAGAUGGGCAAGAUGGGUGGGAUGGGCGGUAUGAAGAGACAGGACUCGUCGUUGAGUGUGCCGGGGGAAAAGGUGGUUCAGACCGUGUCCAAUUAA